AAAUAUUCGGCGCCUUUUCGGCUCACAUCAAGUGGCGUUUCAUACUGUUUUUGAAUCAGCUGCUGUCAGAGUUCGGCACGUGGGUUCGCAGGUAGAAUCACAACACUGAACUCAAUCCUACCGCGGGAUUCAACCAGCUCAUCGUAACAUCGCAGCUCAGGUUCCCCGAAAGUACCGGCGCGAGUGGAUACCAACGGCCGAUAUACUGUCUACGUACCGAAUCAGAUCAGGCAUAACGAAGAACGUGAACAUUGGCGAGAUCCAAAGAGUCAUGUCUUCAUCAGCACCAACUACCCGGAUGAGACUCCGUAGAAAGUGUGAGGCAGGUUCAUCGGGCAUCCAAGAUCCUCCAGCAGAGACCAGUGGAUCUUCAGGAACUUCAUCCAGGAAUGAAUCCAAGAGAGCGCCGACAAGAAGGGGGAAGCAGGCUGCAGUUGAAACCAAGACAACAAUGACAACAAGACGUCGGGGAAAGAAGGUGAUUGCAGAAGAUGAUAUUGAUGCAGCGGAAGGCAAGAAUGAGGCCUCAACAUCCAAAGCCAAAGGAGAGAAGAAAGGAAGGAAGAGGGGUGGGGCCAGGGUAGUGGAAGAUCUGCAGAACGCCAAGCCUGAUUUAAUGACAGAAGAGCCCAUGGAUACACGCAGCGAUCCAUCCAGUGAUGAGUUUCAGGCAAAUGCAGAACUGUUGCCACCAGAAUCUAAGAUGGAUUCGCAAGGAAAACGUCAAGGGAAAGGAAAGGGUGGGAAGACAAGUGAUUCUGAGAGCAGUCUUUCCAAUCAAACAGAUCCAAAGGAAAAGGUUUCAACUAAGGCAGGUAGGUCAAAGGUAGCUGUAAAAGUUGCCAAACUGGAUCCAGAACCAUUCUUAGAGGAGAGGGAUGCUGUUGAGCAUAAACUGCCAGUGAAACGACAGAGAAGAACUAAAGCAACUUUGACAGAUGUUAAGGAGGAAAAGGAUCAGGAGUCGAAUGAUGCUGAACCAAAAGUAGAAGUGACAGCCAAGAAUGGACAGCAAAAGAAAUCCACCAAGGGCAAGGGAAAGAAAGUUACAUUCAAGUCAAAAUCUGCAAGCUUAGAUGACAAAGAUGUUAAAACUGAAUCCUUGGUGGAACACUCUAACAUUAUGGCAGUUGCAGAUAAUGGUGUCCUCACUACUUACGAGAAGUGUGUUGGAGCUCAUUGCAGUAUUGCAGGUGGUUUAUGGAAAGCAGUCAAUGAUGCUGUGUCCAUUGGUGCAAAAUCCUUUGCCCUCUUCCUGCGCUCCCAACGUCAGUGGCAGGCCAAGCCCUUGGAAGAUGAUAAUGCUGCAAAGUUCCGGGAAGCUUGUACCAAACAUGGUUACCCUCCUCACCUGAUUCUACCCCAUGGAUCCUAUCUGUUGAACUGUGGCUCCCCAAAUCCUGCAACAUUGUCCAAGAGCAGAGACUCCUUGGUGGAUGAGUUGACUCGAUGUCAGAAGCUUGGGCUUACCCUCUACAACUUCCAUCCAGGAUCAACUUGUGGGGACAUCUCAAUUGAAGAAUGUCUAGAUAAGAUAGGUGAAAGCAUCAAUCUAGCCCUUGACAAGACAUCUGGAGUUACUGCAGUGAUAGAGAACAUGAGUCGUCAAGGUCAUACCAUCGGUGGUCAAUUUGAGGAGCUACGAGGAAUCAUUGAUCGGGUCAAAGAUAAAAGCAGGAUAGGAGUAUGUCUGGAUACAUGCCAUGCGUUUGCAGCCGGAUAUGACCUCUCAACAGAAUCUGGUUUCAAGAAAAUGAUGGCAGACUUUGAGAAGAUCAUUGGCUUCCAGUACCUGAAAGGUGUCCAUCUCAAUGAUUCUAAAGGAGAGGUAGGUUGUCAUCUAGAUCGUCAUGAGAACAUAGGCAAGGGAAACAUUGGGUUGGAUGGAUUCAGACGGGUGAUGAAUGAUCCACGAUUUAAUAACAUUCCUCUCAUCUUGGAAACGCCCAUCGAAUACGGGUAUGCUGAAGAGAUCAAGACGCUGUAUUCACUCGUCGAUUAAACGGAGCCCAAAUGUUGGCUGAAAAUUAUGGUAUGUUUGUUAGACUUCCAAAUAUAUCCUAAUGUUCCAUAAACUGCAUAAUACUCUAUAACCUGCAUUACAACGUACUUCAUUUGAAGCAUGAACUGAAUUAUUAGGGAGCUAUCAAACUAGCAUGGGGGGCUGAUAGUCAUGUAAUACUGUAAAAUGAUCUUUCAUGGAGUUUGGGAAGGUUUGGUCUGCCAUUGUAGUCUAGAAGUUGAUUUUUCCACUGAAACAGUAUUAUCACAACCUUAAAGGGGGUAUCCAACUUUUUAAUCUUUUAAUGAAGGCAGUAAAUGAGAGAAACAUACAAAUAAAGAUCAGAAAAAUCUUUCAAGGCAUAAAACAGUUCUGUAUUAAAUUAUAAAUGAUGACAUUGCUACUAAAUGUAAGUUGCCCAGACAUUGUUCUGCAUGAAUGUUUAGUACUACAAUAAUCCACCAUUCUUUUAGAGAAAGAAGGAAACAUUUUACCUUUGUAUCAAACAAAUAUUCUUUAAGACACAAUUAUAUUUUCUUCGUUCAUCAUGAACCAUUUAUAAUUUACAAUGUAUGCAAUGUAUAGUAAAAGCAACUUACAAAUUAUGUCACAAAAA